GGGGAGUGCAGGCUCGACGAAGUUGGCUUAUCAUAACCUAGCUUACACUAUUUUUUACAUCUCGCCUGCACUGAACCAGAAGUAAAAUUUAAGAAAGUAAAGAGAAGCACAAUCAAAUUAGUUUAAAAAGUUUAGAAGGUUAAGUGACAAUAUGGCAUCUAGUGAAGACUUUCCAAAUGUACCUUCGAACUCUGGAGAAGGAUAUAGUGAAGACAUUCCAAAUGUACCUUCAAACUCUGGAGAAGGAUAUAGUAAAGGAAGUGGUGGAAAAAAAAAACAAAAGCGAAUAAGACCAUCCUCUGAUUCUGAAGAGGAAAUAGACACAAAAACAGAGUCAUCCUCUGCAACUGUUGAAGGAACAUCUAAAUCAUUGUCAAAAGGUCAUCAUGGAGAACAUGAUAUUGGAUCAGGUCAUGGACUCACUGAUGUGGCUUUUAAAGAACUUUUGACAGUUUUUUCGGAGUGGUAUGACCAGCGGGGAUACCUCAGUAUGCUGAAAGUUUUGUAUAGUGACUUAGUGGAUGCUAGUUUAUUAUUCACAGCUUCAAAGACAAUGGAUUUAAUGUACAUGUUGAUGGCAUGUGGAGAGCUUGAUUCAACAAAUCUCAAAAUCAUCUAUGAUACCAUAAAUUCAACAGCCACAUAUGGUUUGGAAAAAAAAAUUAAAUCUCAAAUACCAUCAUGCCCAAAUAUUAGAGAUGUAAUAAUCUCAGAAUUCACACCUCACAGGCAAAAAAUUAUGAAGUUUGGAAUGGCACUGAUGGAUGACGAUAUAGUAAAGAUUAGUGAACUGUAUAAUAAACCAGUAAAGGAAUAUGCAGACACAUGGAGUUUGAUUAUGGAUCUAGAACGCCAAAUGGUAAUUUCUGAAGCAAAUAAUGAAGACUUCAUUGAACAUUUGAAGAAAAAUGGACUUCAUCAAGCAGUAAAUGCACUAACAGAAGGUGUACGAGUAUCAAUCAAGCGAAAAAAAGAUUCUGACCUUGAGAAUAACCCGUUAGAAAUUUUAACGAAAUUACAAGAAAAUAUAGGCGCUCUGAAGACAUCAGAUAUUCCAUCAUUCUCUUCGAAAUUCAGAAGACUUCAUAUGUAUUUUAAAAACAUUGGUUUACAUUUAUCUGAGUUAGAAGAUGGAUCUAUAAAAUUUUGUCUGAUUGCACAUGAUCUUCGGGCUUUGCAAAAGCUAAGGAAAUUACAAGAAACUGGGGAGCUUAGGAAAGAUUUAUUGGCCAUAUUAUUGCCAGAAGAACAUCAGCAGGAAGACUUAGAUGAAUGGAUGACAUACCUCAAUGAAAAUGAAUUCAAAGCUACUCUCAGUCUCAGUAAGCAGAAGGAAAAAGGCUUUGCUGGAGGAAACGAACAACAGAUGAGAAAUUUUUCUGAACCUGAAAGCAAUGGUAAAAAAAAAAACAAGCGCAAAAGACAUUUGUCCGACUCUGAAGGGGCUAGUGGAGAAAAAGUACAAUGCAUAAGAAAUUCUUCUGACUCUGAAGACAUUCAAAAUGCAUCUUCAAAAUCUAGAGAAGAUGUUAGAGAAUUGUCGGAUAUAGAUUUCGGUGUGCUUAAAAAAUUUUUCUCAGAAUGGUAUGAAAGUAAAUUCAAAGCUACUCUCAGUCUCAGUAAGCAGGAGGAAAAAGAGAAUAUAGACUUAGAAACAGAGUCAUCCUCUGCAACUGUUGAAGGAACAUCUCAAACAUUGUCAAAAGGUCAUCAUGAAGAACAUGAUAUUGGAUCAGGUCAUGGAAUCACUGAUAAAGAUUUCAAAGUUCUCUUGUCAAUUUUUUCGAACUAUUAUGACAAGAUUGGCUACAUCGGUAUGCUAAAAGUUUUGUACAGAGGCCAUGUGGAGAAUACACAUCGAUUAAACCAUGCUUCAACAACGUCUGACUUACUAGAUUUGUUGAGUGAUACUGGAGCUCUAGAUUUAGAAGAAUACUCCAUCCUUUGUGAAACCAUAAAGGCAACAAAAACAUUUGGUUUAGAAAAGAAAAUUAAACAUUUAAUACCAUCAUGCCCAAACAUUAGAGAUGUAAUAAUCUUAAACUUCACAACUCACAGGCAAGGUGUUAUUAAGCUUGGAAUGGCACUUUCAGAUCAAGAUAUAGUCAAGAUUAGUAAAAUAUAUAAUGACCCUAUAAAAGAAUAUGCAGACCCAUGGAGUUUGAUUAUGGAUCUCGAACACCGUACCAUAAUUUGUGAAGAAAAUAUGGGAAAAUUCAUUGAAAAUUUGAAGAAAUUUGAACUUAAUCAUGCAGUAAAAGUUCUAACAAAAGGUAUUAUUUAUUUAGAUAAAUGUUGUUGAUAAAUAUUGUCAGAAUAUAUAUUUUAUUUCAAAUUUAACAUGAA